AUGGGUAUUGACACCGCUUUCGUUCCUUUUUCCACGUUUGCACCGGGGCUUAGGCCUGCUUCGCGUGCCGCUCCAGUAUGCUCCCGCAACCAGCCAAAAAUGAUUGCUCGGGAGAACGUUCAAGGAAGUGAAGAAAUCAAGAGACUUCAGAAGAAACUCGAAGAGCUUCGGGCCAUGCGCGAGCGUAUAGCAAAGGAAAAAUCCGUUCCUCCACCGCAAGCCAGUACACCACCGCCACAAGCACCGGCGCAACCUGCCGUCCAAAACGUUACUCCCUCUAACAAUACCAACCUUUCCUUUGCGCUUGGAAAACAUGGAGAAGGGAGUCGCUUUCUUAGUAUGUCCGCGGUAGAGGCUGAAGAGCACUUCCCUCGCAUUCUCACAGUUGCUGGGCGUGUCCCAGAACUAACAGUCAAGGAGUUCAUGGAAACACCGCCCGUGUUGCAGAAUCGACCGCCCAACGCUGGAAAUAUGUUCGUUACUAUGCUCCCACCCGGGUACCAAGGGCAAAUCAUUGCAAUGCAAGGCUUGGAAGUGAUUGCAAAGUGCAUGGACCCGGUUGCAGUUCUCAUCCCCGCUGAAGAGUUGUCAGCGGCACAGCUCUCUAUUUCUGAUGAUGCUGAUAUUGCUGUGGUAGUAGAAAGAAACGUAUCCAAGCUCGACUUUGACAAGACUAAGUUUUAUGCAUGGGCCGUUGGAGGCCGUGUCAAGGUGGGAUGGGUCAAAGAAAUGCCAUCGCCGGACAAUGCCAAAUGCUUGGGACAGGUUGUGUUUGGCAUGCUCGAGGAGAAGGAGGAGCUGAGAAAGAAAAAAUCUUGUUGGGAAGAAGAGAAUGAGACGUAUAGUGCUUAG